AUGGCAAUCACGACCGCGGAGCUGCCUUCGGCACGCCCGUACGCCUAUCGCUUCCCCAUCGAAUCCACAGCGUUGAUCAUCAUUGACAUGCAGAGGGACUUUCUAGACCCAAAUGGAUUCGGGAUGAUCCAAUGUGGGAACGACGAGGUCUUCGCAAAGGUCCGCGAAGUAGUUCCGCGAACACGAGCCGCCCUGCAUGCUGCAAGAUCACUCGGCCUGCAUGUGGUGCACACGCGUGAGGGCCACACGCCAGACCUGGCCGACCUGCCGCCUUCCAAACGAUUCCGGCAAGUCUCUGCACCGGCGGGACACCAUACGAUCGGUAUCGGUGAGCAGGGUCCGAUGGGUAGGCUACUUGUACGUGGUGAGUACGGUCAUGACAUCGUAGACGAAUUGAGGCCUGUUCCCGGCGAACUCGUCAUCGACAAGCCUGGCAAGGGUUCCAUGUGGAGAACAUCACUGCAUCGAUCCCUAUUGGCGCAUGGGAUUACCCACCUCUUGUUUGCAGGUGUGACAACUGAAUGCUGUGUUAAUACCACUGCGCGAGAGGCCGCAGAUCGUGGUUUCGAAUGCUGCGUGCUCGCGGAUUGCACAGCCGGCUUCGAUCCCGGGUUCUAUGAAUCCACAUUAGAUGUUCUUUGCGCUUACGAUGGGCUCUUCGGAUUUGUUGGCUCUUCACAGGAGCUUCUUAAGAUCGCAAACGACGCUCAAGGCCCGUCAACCCAAGCCACUGGUGAUACCCAGCAGCUUGACCUCUCUAUCAAAUGCCUCCGAACAAGAUAUACUCAGGGCAGCCUCAUUCCUGAGCAAGUAGUGACCGAAGUCUCAAGACGCAUAGCAGAAUAUCACGAAAAAAACCCCGCUGUCUGGACUUAUCUACGAUCCGGCGAUGAGCUUUCUUCGUCAGCUCGAGAGCUGAAUGAUCGAUUCAGUGGCAAGCCGCUUCCGCCACUGUAUGGCAUCCCCUUUGCGGUCAAAGACAAUAUCGAUGUUACCGGUAUUCCGACAACAGCAGCAUGCGAGGCAUUCACACGCACGCCGACCGCAACUGCGAGCGUCGUCCAAGCAAUCCUAGACGCCGGCGGAAUCUUCAUAGGCAAAACAAAUCUCGAUCAGCUCGCGACUGGUCUUUCUGGUUGCAGAUCCCCGUUCGGCACGCCAAAGAGCGUAUUCGGUGACUCACGUGUUGCCGGUGGCUCGUCUUCGGGUUCCGCAGUCGCAGUAGGAGCAAACCUGGUGUCCUUCGCUCUAGGUACGGAUACUGCAGGCUCAGGCCGCGUGCCAGCAGCAUUCAACGGAGUCGUUGGUUUCAAGCCGACCAAAGGCACUGUGAGCACUCAAGGUGUGGUUCCAGCUUGCAAAAGCCUUGAUACGGUGUCUAUCCUCGCUUCAUCAGUUACAUCAGCACGAGAAGUCUGGCUGGUAUGCGACACCGGGCCCGAUUCUGCGGAUGCAUACGCCAAACCGCAGCAGUCAUUGUCUCUGUGGCAUGCAGACUUCCGUGGACCAAAGGUUGGUGGUUUUGUGUUUGGCGUGCCGCCUCAGAAAGCACUCGAAAUCUGCGAGGAUGACUACCGCAUAUUAUUCCUGCAAACAAGCGAGAGGUUACAAAGAGCAGGCGGUACGCCCUUCGAAGUCGACUGGACACUAUUCGAAAACAGCAGUAAUCUCCUGUACAAUGCAUCUUUUGUGCUAGAACGCGUUGCCUGCUUAGGUUCAGAGUUCCUCACCAAGCACCUGCAGAGCCUCCAUCCUGCGACACGGACGGUCUUUGGCGCGGCUUUGGAAUCCAACAUCAAGCCAUGGCAGGUAUUCGAAGAUCUGCACCUCCAAGCAGAGUACAUCAGGCAGACAGCACUGGUCUUCCAACACAUUGAUGUCCUCCUCGUCCCGACGACACCUUGCCAUCCGACGAUUCAACAAAUCGAGGCCGACCCCAUCGUGCUCAAUUCGAAAAUUGGAUAUUAUUCUCAUUUCGCCAACGUGCUGGACCUGUGUGGUCUCGCGGUGCCAGCAUCAACGUUUCAUACGACAAAUGGCGAGGAGUUGCCAUUUGGCAUAACGCUCCUCGGGGCAUCUGGGACCGACGGCAAGAUCUUUGACAUAGCCCGAGAAUUUGAGCGGACGACUUGA